AUGAAAGCUCGUGCAGAAGCCCCAAAAUAUGGCACUGCUGAACAUCAAAAGUUAAUUGAUGAGAAUCAUAAAGAUAUGCUAAGCAAGGCACACCCUCUUCCUGUUCCUCCUCAACUGAGCCCUGUGCAUGAGCAUUCCCAAAAUGAUGGAGCCAAUAGAACGCACGGCACAUGCGGCGGCUCAGUUGGCAACAACAACGUUAGUGGGAAUAUAAUUAUUGCUGCCAAUUCCGACGGGGUAGGAGUUUUGGAUUCUAUAAAUGAGUACUCCAGAGAAGGCCCCAACCCCAAGAAACCAAAAGUAGAUGUCGGCGAAGAGUGA